AUGUCAUUCAUGACAAAAUGCCCAAAAUGUCCAACUUACGAAUCUAAGAAGACUACCAAUGUGUAUCGACACCUUCGGGAAGUGCAUAAUGCGAGUGAGGCUGAAGUUGAUCAAUUCCGAAUUCAGAGAAAAGAAGGUAAAUCCUUGACGACAAAAGGCAGUGGAGCAUGGAAGUGUCCCGUAUGCGAACUAGUUAUUCCAACAGAGAAAGGCUUGAAGAACCAUAUGAACCAGAAGCACAGGAAGAAGCCCAUCGAUCCUUCGACAAUCACUCUUGCUACAACGUCGCCCACAAUGGUCUCGCCUCCUCCCAAGAGAAUCCAGCUACCCAAAUCGACGGAAAAAUCGCUUGUUUCUUCAGUAGCUACAGUUCGGCAAACACUUUUUGACUACUGGAUUUUUGACUACAUUGCUUUUUGA